UAAAAAACAUUAGGACUGCUGGGAAGAAGAGAUUUAUGACACCAGGCAAACAGUGCAAUGGCUGGAGGUUCUUACUUCAUUUGGAUUCCCUUCCUCCUGUGUUGUGUCUUUGAAGCUUCUGACAACAGACAUGUCCACCAGAAUGUGAAUCUUGUAACUGGUCGUACAGGACAUUCAGAGUUGGACCAAAUCAUUUCAAAGCUUCCAAUAACCCUACCAGAAGGAAUUGAUCCCAAGAAUAUAAAUAUAACGUCAAUUGUGGUCAAAACCUGUACUGGUAUGAAGGAGCAGCUGGCACGGCUUGACAGCCAGCUUCGGCAGAUAACUCACCGCAACAGCCUACUAGAUAAUGAAGCCUUUGGAUUGAGGAGUGAAGUCAGACUGCUGAAACUGCAGCUGGCCGCAUGCAGUUCAACAGCAUCAACUAUUACUGACUCUUAUCAGAUCCAGUUACAAAACAAAAUGAAACAGCUUCUGGAGACGGACAGUGGCAUGUUUCUGAUUCUGAAAACCCUUGCACUCACCAGGGAGGUGAAUUCACUGGAGGGGAAGAUCAAACAUGCUGCAAAUUCUACUGAAACUACUCCUGAAUUUGGAGUGUUGCAGAGACAGCUGCAAGAGAAAACCACUGAACUGAAUGAAAAGAUACAGCAGAUUGAAAGAAGCCACACAAACUCUUCACUGAUUCUUCAAGUCAUUUCACUACAAACUCAGAUCUGGGAUUUGGAACAGGCAAAAUCAAGAAGAGGAGAAGCUGGUCUUCAACCCGACAGGAGAAUUAUUGCACUACAAGACCAACUGGACAGGAAGAUCAGUGAGUUGCGAGGCAACAGAGAUGCAGGCUCAACCAUGCUGGAGCUGGUUUCUGUGCACAGUAAGAUCUCAGUGAUACAGAGGCUCAUCAGUGUCCACAUUGAGGAAUCCAGAACUAAUACUAUUGAUUACCAGAGGCAAUGGAGGCAAAAAGCUGAGCUCCUUAAAAGGAAGAUUUCGCAGUUGAACCGUGAGGAGAGUAAUACAGAACUUACCAAGGAAAUUUUGAUGUUGCAGAUGGAGGUCGAGAAUUUAAGACAGUUAUUAUUAAACGCCAAAAAGACAAGUGAUUUCCAACUUAAAGAGCUAAGAGUUAUUUUGGAGAAGGAAAGAAAACAGCAAGAAAACAUACAGAAACAACUGGAGGAAACAGACUAUGCUCAGGCACAACUGAUCAUGAAUAUCGUCAGCAUAAUGAAAGAGUUGAGAGAGCGGGUUGAACAACCAGACCAGACAACAUCAACAAGUGACGCAACCACUCUCCAGACUCUGCUUCAAACCAAAGAAAGGGAAUAUACCAAAGCUCAGGCUGAAAUAAAGGAGCUGCAGAGGAAGCUGCGGUUAAAAAGUGAAGAAUGCUCUGGGCUUGAGGAAAGAUAUGAGCAGGUAAAGACUGAAUUUGAACAGAAGAUUGUACAACUGAACAGAACCGGAGACUCCAAAGCAGCACUCAUUUUGAACGUGAUAAACUUGCACGAUGACCUGAAGACUCUGCGGGAACUGAUCUCCACCUCAGACAACCCAGAGAGGAUCUCAGAGCUGCAGAGGCAACUGGAGGAGAAGCAAGAAGACCUGAACUCCAAGACUGCAGACAUAGAGAGACUGAUUCCAAACCCGAAAAUAAUUUUAACGAUCAUUGAGCUGCAAAAUGAAAUAUGGGACCUUCAGAAAAAGGCUGGCAAUGAGGCCACUAGUGGCCGUAUAAAAGCGUUGCAAAACAGAGUGGAUGGCCUUAUGACUGAAAUAGACGACACAGACGACAAUAACACAAAACUGGUCCUGAAAAUCAUAACCCUGCAGAGUCAGGUGGAGCAGCUGAAGAGACAGUUGUCUCAGGCCACUCAGGCUACCCUCCCAGAGCUCAGAAAUGAUCUUGAGACGACGAGGAAAGAGCUGCAGAAAUAUGUCAGCGAGCUGAAUGAGAAGAAUCAGACAAAUGCCAGACUGAUUCUUACAGUCACUGAUCUGCACAAACAACUCAGAGACCUAGAAAGAGAAAAACAAAGUGAGGGCCAAGCAGCUUCUGCUACAAUUACCAAGCUGAGAGAGCAGCUGAAGGAAAAAGUGGAGGAGCACUCUCGUGAUCAGGCUGAGAUCAAGGCUCUGCUGAAUCAACUGAACCAGACAGAGGCACAGUGUUCCAGUUUUGAGCAUAAACUUAAAGAGGUAAAGACUGAAUUUGAACAGAAGAUUGUACAACUGAACAGAACCGGAGACUCCAAAGCAGCACUCAUUUUGAACGUGAUAAACUUGCACGAUGACCUGAAGACUCUGCGGGAACUGAUCUCCACCUCAGACAACCCAGAGAGGAUCUCAGAGCUGCAGAGGCAACUGGAGGAGAAGCAAGAAGACCUGAACUCCAAGACUGCAGACAUAGAGAGACUGAUUCCAAACCCCAAAAUAAUUUUAACGAUCAUUGAGCUGCAAAAUGAAAUAUGGGACCUUCAGAAAAAGGCUGGCAAUGAGGCCACUAGUGGCCGUAUAAAAGCAUUGCAAAACAGAGUGGAUGGCCUUAUGACUGAAAUAGACGACACAGACGACAAUAACACAAAACUGGUCCUGAAAAUCAUAACCCUGCAGAGUCAGGUGGAGCAGCUGAAGAGACAGUUGUCUCAGGCCACUCAGGCUACCCUCCCAGAGCUCAGAAGUGAUCUUGAGACGACGAGGAAAGAGCUGCAGAAAUAUGUCAGCGAGCUGAAUGAGAAGAAUCAGACAAAUGCCAGACUGAUUCUUACAGUCACUGAUCUGCACAAACAACUCAGAAACCUAGAAAACGAACGACGCAAUGAUAACACAACGUCUUCUUUAACAAUUACUUAUCUGAGGGAGCAACUAAAGGCAAAAAUGGUGGAGCACUCUCAUGAUCAAGCUGAGAUCAAGGCUCUUCAGGCUCUGCUGCAAACCAAAGAAAGGGAACAAGCCAUUGCUCAGACUGAAGUCAGAGAGCUGCAGAGAAAGCUGAGAUUAAAGAGUGAAGAAUGCUCUGGACUUGAAGAAAGAUAUGGAGAGGUAAAGACUGAAUUUGAACAGAAGAUUGCAGAGUUGAACAGAACCGCAGACUCCAAAGCGGCACUCAUUCUGAACGUGAUAAACCUGCACGAUGAGCUGAAUACUCUGAGGGAACUGAUCUCUACCACCGGCGACCCGGAGAGGAUCUCAGAGCUGCAGAGGCAACUGGAGGUGAAGCAAGAAGAUCUGAACACUAAGACUGCAGACAUAGAGAGACUGAUUCCAAACCCCAAAAUAAUUUUAACGAUCAUUGAGCUGCAAAAUGAAAUAUGGGACCUUCAGAAAAAGGCUGCCAAUGAGACCACAAGUGGCCGUAUAAAAGCGUUGCAAAACAGAGUGGAUGGCCUUAUGACUGAAAUAGACGACAGAGACGACAAUAACACAAAACUGGUCCUGAAAAUCAUAAACCUGCAGAGUCAGGCAGAGCAGCUGAAGAGACAGUUGUUAGACCUCCAGAAGUUAGGAACCACUCAGGCUACCCAGCUCAGAAGUGAUCUUGAGACGACGAGGAAAGAGCUGCAGAAAUAUGUCAACGAGCUGAAUGAGAAGAAUCAGACAAAUGCCAGACUGAUUCUUACAGUCACUGAUCUGCACAAACAACUCAGAAACAUAGAAAGAGAAAAGCAAAGUGAGGGCCAAGCAGCUUCUGCUACAAUUACCAAGCUGAGAGAGCAGCUGAAGGAAAAAGUGGAGGAGCACUCUCGUGAUCAGGCUGAGAUCAAGGCUCUGCUGAAUCAACUGAACCAGACAGAGGCACAGUGUUCCAAUUUUGAGCAUAAACUUAAAGAUCUGCAGAAUGACCUGGAUGCCAAAAUGAAGGAACUGCAGUCCAGAUCUGACACUGUUACUUCACUUGCUCUUCAAAUUUCUACUUUGACUCUGCAACUAGAGGAGCUAAAGAGACAACUACAGAACACUGACUCGGAAACCAAGAUCAAAGAACUUCAAAAAAUAAUAGAUGAGAAAACCAAUGAGCUGGACAAGAAAACAGAGGAGCUAAAAGCAAGAAGUGCUCAACCACAAAGACUUCUACAGAUUAUUACAAUACAAACAGAGAUUGAGAAACUGGCAAAUGUGGCAACAACUGAUGCAGAUUACAUAAAAAUUAAAACACUAACAGACCACCAGAAUUAUCUGAUUGACGGAAUUCAAGAUGAAAACAAUGAAAAUACCAAACUGAUGUUUAAAAUCUUGGCUCAACAAGAGGAAAUAGUAAGACUGAAGAAGCAAAAAGAGGCUCAGGCACAAGCUGAAUUGGAGAGAAUAAAAGAUCUGGAGAAUGAACUGGAGGACAUCAGAACUCAGAUAAAAGAUAAGACUCUGGUGCUGGACUCCAGUGAUAUGAGGAUUAGUAAUUUGUCGGCUCAGAUUAUGGAACUUCACAAAAAGAUUAAACCACUGGAAGAUGAGAUAUCAUACCUCAAAGAAGAAAAUGCUGAGAAUGUCGAAGAGCUUCAAAAGAGACUGGAUUUGUCAAAGAGGCAACUGCAAGACAGUGAACUUAGACUCAAGGAUGCCGAUGCAGUGAAUUUUAACUCGAUGAUGGAGAUUGCUGAUCUGAGGGCAAAACUGAAAGCGGCUCGUAAACUGGGGUCCAAAGUUGCUACACAAAAUAUUAACGAAUUGGAACAACAAACACAAACCCAACAAAGAGAGAACAAAAAACUUGAAAACACAAAUAAAGACUUAAAGCAAGAGAUCAAGGAACUGAAAAUGUGCUGCAAUGAUGCCAACACCCAGUGUGACGAUUUACAAAGACAACUGCAACAGAGCCAGGAGGAUGCAGAUCGCCUACAGCAGCAGCUGCAUGAGAAGGAUGCAAACCUCAAACAGCUGCAGCAGGAGUUAGACAAACAGACCACAGAGAAUAACAACCUGCAGUAUGAAUACAGCAGCCUGCAAGAUGAAAAGGACAAACUUGAGAAAGAUUUACAAGAACUUCAGGACAGAGUGGCUGAUGUGGAAGAUAAGACGAUCCAUGCCAAGAAGAUGACCUUUGAUCCAAACACAGCAAACCCAAGAAUAGCUCUGUCUGCAGAUAACAGUGAGAUGACCACUAGUAUGGAAAUACUAGAUGUCCCUGACCAUCCAGGCCGGUUUGAUGUGCUUCUCGCUGUCCUGGGCAAGACUGGCUUCUCAACGGGCAGACAAUACUGGGAGGUGUCUGUAGCUGGGAAGCGUUGUUACCAUAUUGGGAUGGCCAGUGAAUCUGCUCCAAGAAAGGGAACACCAUCAUUCAGUCCAGCAAAUGGUUACUGGACUAUAGUCCUGAACAAACAGGGCCAGUACCGAGCUAUUGACAGGAGACCGGCUGCAAUUCCAGUUCAGACGCAGCCUCUGACACUGGGCAUUCUGCUGGACUACAAAAAUGGACAGAUCUCUUUUUACGACGCUGGUGCCCGAUCUCAUAUGUACUCAUUUGCAGGUCAAAGGUUUACAGACAAAAUCUAUCCAUUUGUCAAUUUUUGUGUUGAGGAAGUUGGAAUUCAGACUCCAAUUGUGUUACUGACGCCCGGAUCAGUUGAUUGGAUAAAAUAGAGGACAGGCCAAGUUAUGUUUUUUUCCUAUGUGUCAAAUCUUAGCCAUGUAUCUCAUUUAUAGUCAUGUCAGUAGGAAAUAAACAAUCCCAAUGCCUGCAGAAUAGUUCUGUCAUUACUGCUGCUGAAUGUCUCAGACAAUAAAAAACAAAUAUACAACGCUG